AUGGGGGAAUCUGGAGAGCAUAUGACUGACAUGAUGAUCUAUAAGCUCAACCUUCAUCAUUAUCUUUUGCGCGAGCUGCAUGGCUACCUUGUCCACCCUUCAAUUCCCACGGGUGACCCCAACCUCAGAGUUGCAGAUGUUGGAACUGGCACUGGUAUUUGGCUUACAGACAUUGCCCACCAUUUUCCUUCCAACGUCCGUCUUGACGGAUUAGAUAUAUCAUUGGAGAGUACGCCCCCAAAGGAAUGGCUGCCUCAAAAUGGCAAUUUUCGGGAAUGGAAUAUCUUGUCUGAGGUCCCGAGCGACCUUGUUGGGGUCUACGAUAUUGUCAAUAUCUCAUUAUUGAUGUUUGUCCUCAAGGAUGAUGAAAUAAAGAGUGCACUGGGUAACUUGCUGAAGCUUCUGAAGCCAGGUGGCUACUUACAAUGGGCAGAGGUAGAUCUCCAAUCCUUCCGGAUUCGGACGUCCUCUCCUGAAAAUAAGACAGAAGCCCUCGCCGAUCUUAUGAAGCCCAGUCAGCCAAAAGAUGCCCGGUCAUAA